UAGUUCGAUGAUACAACACCGCGGCUCCGAUCUUUCAAAGUCUUCCCUUUUCUUUUUUUGAUACUCCUUGUCAGACAUGGGUAUCGACAUAAAUCACAAAUACGACCGUAAGGUUAGGCGCACUGCCCCCAAAAGUCAAGAUGUAUAUUUACGUCUUUUAGUAAAGCUGUACCGUUAUUUGGCCCGUCGUACAGGUGCCAAAUUCAACAAAAUCAUCCUGAGAAGAUUGUUUAUGAGCAGGAUAAACAGACCCCCAAUUUCCCUAGCCAGGCUUGUGAGGCACAUGAAGAAGCCCGGCCGUGAGGGCCUCACUGCUGUCAUCGUUGGCACCGUAACCGACGAUUCCAGGGUAUUCGAAGUACCAAAGUUGAAUAUCUGUGCUUUGAGAGUUACUGAGAAGGCUCGUGCAAGGAUCUUGAAAGCUGGCGGUCAAGUGAUCACUUUUGACCAACUGGCCCUCAAAUCGCCAACCGGUUCGAAAACCGUGUUGCUCCAGGGACGUCGUAACGCCAGAGAGGCCAACAAACACUUUGGUUUGGCUCCCGGUGUGCCCCACAGCCACGCCAAGCCGUUGGUCAGGUCUAAGGGUCGCAAGUUCGAGAGGGCCCGCGGUCGUAGGCGCUCUUGCGGCUACAAGAAGUAGAGGAUUCGUCGUUUUAUUUCUGACAAGUUUUGAUAUGAAAGUGUUGUUUCAUAAGUUAAGACUAAUUAAAAAUUGAUUAAAAAGGU